CCGAUAAUUGGAGAUACGCUUACAGUUCCAGAUUGGCGUUCUUCCCUAAGUUUAGUCUUCAAGAGUAUGUCGUCUACUCAUUCAGCGUCACUGGAAUUAUCUCAGGUUGGGAAGCCUUUGCGCCGGUCCACAGCUGGCAGCCAUCUCCCAUCUGGCCUAGGGGGUCAAGGAAAACCACUAUUAAAAGGAGAUGUUCAACAUGAAUUCUCUUUACAUGCCUCAAAUAGAAGGUCUUCAGGGAAUGAGCAGAAACUGGUGAGACUUCAAGAAGAAAAUGCCUUGCUUAAACAAGAGCUUGAGGACUUGAGGAAUCAGCACAGGCAGCUAAUUGAUGAGGGUAAGAAUGAGUGUCUGGAUGAACGCAGAGUCACCCUCCUGAAAUCUCAGGUGCUACAGCUGCAGAGGCAGGUGAUGCUGUUGACAGAGGGACUGAGCUCCAGAGCAUCGUUGAUGCUGGAACUUGAUAAUUCGUUACAGCCUGUGCUUGACAAGUUGCGAUCCUUGCUAGCUACUGAAGGUCACACACCUGAGGUUCCUGUAGCCCGAGCUGACUUAAUCCAGAUGAUUGGAACGUGUCAGGCCAUGCGAGACAAAAUACAUCGGAAUCAUCAGGCAACCAGUGUGGAUAAGCUUGCAGUACCAUGGAUAUUAUCUGAAAGACAAGCAACAAAAAACCCAGUGACAUUGAUGGACCUCUGUUAUGGGAAAAUGGACAAUCUUAACCUGCUCUAUGUGAGUUCGCUUGAAGGAAAGCUUAGCACAUUGUUCAGGGACCUGCAUGCUACAAAGCAAACACUCAGUCUGAUUUUGGCCCCUGGACCAGAGUCUCCAGAGCGAGCUCAUCACAUACUACCCACUGCCAUUUAUUCAAGGUUAAUAAACCAUUUGACAAGAUGCAAUCAGUCCCUGGAGGAAUGCUGUAGGGACUUGCUCACCAUGACUCUUAUUGUGCCAUCUGCACCUUGGGCAAAAAUUGAGUGUCCUGUGAGCCAAGAAUUUACAGUGGAGAAUGUGCUAGCAGCACUGCCAGCAUUUCCCAAGGGUGCUCCACAGCAACGGGCAAAGAGAGCCGCAGAGGCAUUAGUGAAGGCCGCCAAUUACUCCAGACUAAUGGCCGGGCAACAGAUACACGCUUUGGAAGCAGAACUUGAUUUCCAUCGAGGUAUAUACAGUCUGCAAGUUCAGUACACUGAAGCUCUUUUCCAAGGAAUCAAACAAGCCUAUCACAAUUUUCAGGAAAACGUGGCUGAGAUUGUUUGUUCUCCACUUAAAGAUGUCCUUUCUUCUUAUGCAGAACUUACGAUGGAAGCCAAUGAAACAGCCCUCAGGAACUUCCUGACAAUUUUUAAAAACAAUGUUGAACAGAUUCAAGAGGCUGUUGACACUUUGACUCCAUCAGAGAAACAGCAACAUGAAGGUGACGAGGCCCUUUCCAAACUGGGUAAAGAUUUCUUCCUUGCUUUGGAAAGCUCACUGAAGAAUUGUGGAGAAGAACGAGAUAAAUCAGCUCUUGAAAUAGAAAAACUAAAAAAAGAAUUAGACGAGUCUGUAGAAACACUAAGCAGUUUAAAGAAGGAGAGGAAACAGAAAGGUUCAUCUAAAGACUUUUCCACAAGAUCUGAAGUAGAAAGCACUGAAGGCACUGGACUUAGUUCCACUGAUCAAGGGAAAGACACUGCGCCUCAGCAUUUUGGUUAUAGAAAGAAGAAUUCUCAUCCUAUCGUUACAAGUAGGAAUGAGCAAACCUCAGAGAAGCAGCCUAUACAAGAGAAGCCAAACCCUGGCUCUGUCCAUCAUCACAGAAGCAAAAGUCUUCAAAGAAGUAAAAGUGUUAGAAAUCCAUCGCAACCUCCUUGGCAAGAUUAGGGGAACAGCAAAUUUGUAAUAAUUUUCAAAGUGUUUUCAUGUUCGGAAUAACCUUCGAGUUGUGAAGUCAAUCCUAUUUAUUGUGUAAUUUCACUACGAUAGAAGGAACCCUGACCCCUUUCAUCUAGAGAGCCUUCAUGAUUGUUUCUGUACCACUGAGUUUAAUUUACUAGCGCUAAGACGAAAAUUGCUGAAAAAUCAUCUUGGGUUAUUUGUUAACACUUGGAGACUCAGCUCUCCAGGAUUCUUGUUACAUUAAAUGGCGGUAACUUUGGUACUAUACACUGCAAAGAUGUCCCCCUCUGAUUUAAUUUCCUGUUAGUAUAUGAUUCAGCCAGCAUUCUAUUUUUUAUAGUUUUUCCAUUUGAAAAAAAACUUUGGCUAUGUUAGAACUUGGUGUUUAGUGAAUCCACUUACACAUCCAAAAGGUUUUGAUUCCUUCUUACAUGGAAAACAAUAACAAAUUAUUCAAAUGAAAACACUUUGAAACAAAUAAUUUUAUCCGGACUUGUCCACAAAAUAAACUAUUAACGCAUUUGUAAUAUUUAAAAAUAGUUUUUUAUAGAAUAUAA